AUGAAGUUCGCCAGUUACCUGGCGGUUCUGUCACCCCUCGUCGCAGCUUCUGCUGUGAAAAUCACUAGUAGCAACGCCCCGCGAGACGCAAAAGUCAAUUAUGAUGGAUACCAUGUCUACCGGGUGUCAACCGCCAAUGCACCCAGCGACCUCCAAUCCCGUUUAGUGUCAUUCCCCUCCAUCGACUUGAAAGAAUUCAUUGAGGUCGCGGUUCCGCCGAAUGACAUUGGCGGCUUCGAGGCUUUAGGACUUGAUACCCAACUUCUGAGCAACGACUUGGGCAACCAGAUUAGGGAAGAAUCUCGAGUCAUUAAGUCUACCCCAUUGACGAAACGAGGCGGCUUGCCAAGUCUAAGCUGGUUCGACUCCUACCACUCAUAUGAUGACCACGUACAAUAUUGGAAGGAUCUUCAUGCCGCGUUCCCAAACAACUCGCAGUGGCUGGACAUUGGAUCUUCGUACGAAGGGCGCAACAUCUUUGGGCUGAAGCUUUGGGGUGGAAAACCGGCAGAGAACAAGCCCAUUGUCCUUUGGCACGGUACCGUUCACGCCAGAGAAUGGAUCACAACUAUGGCAAGCUUCGUAUAUACCCAAACGACAGAUCGUCUCUGGCGGAAGAACCGUCAACCACGUUCCAACAUCACCUGUAUCGGCACUGACGGUAACCGUAACUGGGACUUCCAAUGGAACUACCCCCUCGAGGACGGUAGCGUCUCAUCAGAUCCUUGCAGCCAGACCUUCCGAGGCCUCAGCCCUGGUGACACGACUGAGAACGUCGUUCUCUCCGCUCUCUCCCGCAAGCUAGCCGCCACGCCGGGGGGCAUUCGCCUCUUCAUUGACUGGCACAGCUACUCACAGCUCAUUCUCCUCCCUUGGGGUUUCUCUUGUGCGCCAGAUGUCCUCCCCAAGAACCUGCAGGCACAGCGUGAUGUUGGCGGCGGUUACGCAGCUGCUAUCAACGCGACGAGUGGUGAGGAGUAUCAGGUCGGACCUUCAUGUGAGAUCUUGUACUACUCCACUGGUUCUGCGAGAGACUUCCAUCACGGCGCGCUGAAUGCUACGUAUUCUUGGAGUGUUGAGUUGAGGCCUAAGACCAGUGGUGCCGGUGGCUUCGUGCUACCUCCGGAGUUGAUUCGGCCGACGGUCAAGGAGCACUGGGCGGGGAUCAAGUAUGUUCUUGGUGUUGUUGGCUAG